AUGUCCUCCCUCUGUCCGGAAAGGAGCAAUAUCCAGCUGCAUCGCGUGCUUGACCAGGCUUCUGAUCCGAACCCGCCCUCACCAAAAGAGCAACUUUCUUUAAUCGAGUCUCUGAUAAAGAAACAACUCACUCCAGGAGACGUAUGGUUUGUCAUCGCCAAAUCCUGGUAUCGGAGGUGGCACAACGCUUGUUCGGGUCUCAUAUCGAAGGAACCUGUUGGACUUCUCAACCCUGUUAAUAAUGAUGAUAUUUGGGGUCACGGAGGCUCACUUACCCUUAAAGACCCUGUAGUGGAAGGCGUAAAUGCCGAGUUGGUGCCAGAAGAAGCAUGGAAGCUCCUGAUAGAGUGGUAUGGCCCGCCGAAGCAUAUUUUCCCUCGCAAAGUUAUCCCUUCUGACGCAGGGGUCAUGGUGGAGAUAUAUCCUCCUGAGCUCCGAGUCCUCUACCUCUCGUCGCCUAGAGGGGAAUCCAUAGUGAAGUAUAUAACUCUUUCGAGGGAACACAAGCUGCGUGACCUUAUCGCGGAGUUGGAUUGGAAUGACCGAGCGGAGCUUUGGGGUCUUGAAGUUGAUAGGCAGUGGACUUCCGAGGGCAACUUCAGCCGCGACGAUCUCCAAAAGUUCCCAUCACGAUUGCUCAUUGGUCCGUCCACUCCGUCCGAAGAUCGAGACAGGACCCUCCAUGAAGCCAGUAUUUAUCAUCUGGAUACUCUGAUGCUGGACCCAUCACCUCCUGGGAAGGAGGCUGAUAGAUUAGGAGUCACGCCAGCUUCGAAUGAAUUUGCAUUGGUAACGGUCGGGACAAAAGGACUCAAAAACCUGGGGCAUACUUGCUAUCAAAAUUCUGCUCUUCAAUGUUUAACUCAUAUUCCCGCCCUUACCGAAUAUUUCUUGAGCGGAAAGUUCAAUUCCGAGCUCAACUCUGACAGCUUUCUCGGCACUGGAGGAGAGGUUGUUUGUGCCUACGCCAACUUUCUUCGGGUGCUCUUUUCUCCAUCCGUCCAUACAUUUGUGGCACCGCGACAUCUUAAACAUGCUAUAGAUUCGCACGCAAUGUGGUUCCCACUUUACGUAGAGCAUGAUUCCCAGGAACUCGUAGCAUACAUUCUUGACUCGUUGCACGAAGACCUCAACCGCGUGACGAAGAAGCCGUAUGUAGAGCGACCCGACUGGGAAGGCGGGGAUGCGAGCGCCCUUGCACAACAUGCCAAGGUGACACAGGAUGGGUACCAAAAGCGGGAUGAUAGUAUUGUCGUCGACCUGUUUCAAGGAUUGUUGAAGAGCACGAUUACCUGUCCUGGAUGCUCGAAGGAAUCCGUCACAUUUGAUCCCUUCACUACGCUCAGUUUGCCAAUACCAUACCAGAGGACGUGGAAACAUGAGGUCUUGGUUGUUCCUUGGGAUAUGACGAAGCCUCAUGUUACAGUGGAUGUUGAAAUUCCUUAUGGCACCUCUGUGAUGGAAUUGAAAGAACUGCUCUCCAGAUGGCUCAACUUGGACCCUGAACGACUGUUGGUCGCAGACUUAUUCAAGAAUCGGUUUUUCAAAAUAUACUCCAACGAUGAUCCCGUGAGAGACAUUAAAGCCGACGACGUUACGCUGGCCUACGAACUUCCCGUCAGAUAUCCUCCAAAGCCUUCUAAUGAACAAGAUACUUCACCCUCUCUCAUCAUCCCAGUGUAUCAUAUCCUCCCAUCCGGUCAUCAUCGUCUUGGACGGAACAGGGAUGACAACGAUACCGCCAAGCUAUUCGGGAUCCCGUUGCUCAUAGCCUUGAACAACAGAGACGGUGCUCUGGAUUUGCACCAAGUCCAUUUAGCUAUUCUGAAUCGCGUUGGUCGCUGGACCACGUCAACGCUUGAUGGUAUCGGAUCGGGACCUUUUCAUCUCAAAAUUCGCGAAUCCACUGAACCAGGAGAAGGGUUACAGCCCCAUAUCUUGGAGGCACUGAGAGGCCGAACUUUGGCCCUUUCUGAUCGACCCCCCACAUCAUAUCACCACGAGGAGCCCAAUCCUGAGAGACUAGUCAACCUCCUCGCAUCCGAUGCUUUGCUGUGUGAAUGGGAAACAGAAACCUACUCUUUGAUCUUUGGGCCACAGAAUGCGAAAUGGGGCAGGUUCAAAACGCAUGUUCAUCCAGAAGCUCAAGCAGCACAGUUUUCAGCUGCGCAAAAAAAACCGCUUCGCCUAGAUGACUGUCUUGACGAAUUUUCAAAGGAGGAGCAACUUGAAGCGGGAAAUUUAUGGUUCUGCACUACGUGCAUGAAGGAUCAACAAGCAAUGAAAAGGAUCGAGAUUUGGAAGCUACCACAAUAUCUUAUUAUUCAGCUGAAGCGGUUUACGAGCUACGGCACUGUGAGCGAGAAGAUCGAAGAGCUUGUCGACUUUCCAGUCGUAGGUUUAGACCUUGGGGAAAGAGUCGGGGAGCGACGUAUUGCCAAGCAGUUAGCGAGCGACGGAAAAGACUUGAAAGGCACUGGAUUGGUGGAUGCUCUCACGAAUCAACCAGUAUUUGACCUUAUCUCUGUCUCUGAGCAUUCGGGAAGCAAACUUUCCUCUGGGCACUAUCGCGCGUACGCCAGGAACCAAACGGAUGGACAAUGGUAUUACUAUAGCGAUGCCAAAGUCAGCAAGACGCAAGCGGAGGAGUCUGUGAUGCCAAGGGAUGGGGUAUUCUGUCCCCAUGUCUGUUUCAAUGACAUGGGUCCUCGAGAUGCAAAAAUAGAGAGAUAUGUUACAUUUACGGGCCACGGGAAGAUAACGGUGGAGACAGCGAGUAAUCCAUUCACAACAACAUAUUCCACCACGCAGUUUCGCCGUACCGAAAAAUUCGGAUAA